UGCUCUGCGCAUGCCCACGCAGGCUUCCCCCACCCCCCCACCCCCUGCACUUCCCCCGCUGGAAGCAAACGCCCCUCCGGGCCAUGGCGCGACCCUGUCCACUUCGGGAGCCGGUCAGAAAAAACGUGGUCGACGAAGCCAGGGCCCAUUUGAGGAAAUUUGAUGUGGGGACCAAAUAUUUUCACUUAACAGCUAACAAAUACUCAGUCCUUUUACCACUGUCAGUUAAAGAUGGGAAACUCUAUUUACUCUUCACGCUCCGCUCAGACAAGCUGAGCAGAUCGCCCGGAGAAGCCUGCUUUCCUGGAGGAAAGAGGGAGCCCACGGACGCGGAUGACACGGCCACCGCCCUCCGCGAGGCCCAGGAGGAGGUGGGACUGCCGCCCCAGCAGGUGGAGGUGGCCUGCCGCCUGGCGCCCUACCUGCUUGACGAAGAUACAGCAAUAACCCCAGUGGUGGGUUUUAUAGACCACAGUUUCCAGGCCCAGCCCAACCCUGAUGAGGUCAAGGAUGUGUUCUUCGUGCCUCUGGAUUACUUCCUCCAUCCGCACGUUCACUACCACCAUCAAGUCACGCAACCCAAUGACCAGUUUAUUGCUCAUUGCUUUGAAUAUACAAACCCCGAGAAUGGUCGCCAUUAUACAAUCCGAGGGGUAACUGCAAAACUGGCUGUGCUGGCGGCUUUAAUAAUUUUAGAAGAGAGCCCCUCCUUUGAGACUGAAUUUAAUCUCAGUGAUCUCAUUUCAUCUUAUCAAAAAUUCUUUCUUCGGAAACAUGCCACAAACAAGUUGUGAUUUGUGAGACCACAACCCACCAACCACUCAAAAGAGUUUCCUGUGUGACUCUCUGCACAGAAUGGCAGCAAAGCUGGCAUUCCUGGAAUCCGAGGGCCUGCUUGCCCUUCCGGCACUGCGGAGCUCAAACCAGCCUGCUUUCCAGUGAGGCCAUUUGAGUAGUGUGUAAUUCCAUCCACAACCUGUGGUACUUUCCCUAUACAUUUAAGGGAGAGUAUCUGGCACAUUAUAGGCACUUAAUAAAUAGUUGUUGAGUU